UAGUUGAAGGUAGAACUGGCAAAAUUUCUACUCCAGGUUUUAUCAAUGCCUUAAAGGUUAUAGCAAAAGAAGUCACGGUACUGGUUAAAACGAGUAGAAUUCGCAGUAUUACGCUUUCGUUCUACGCACAGUUCUUUGUACUUGGAAUGGUCUACUACGGCAUCUCGUUCGGCGCCGACAAGCUGGGCGUGGACCCGUUCGUGUACAUGGCGGUGAACGGCGUGGUGGAGAUCCCUUCCGGCACCAUAACCAUCCCUCUGGUGGACAGGCUGGGGAGGAGGUUGUCGUGUACGCUGUCCUUUGUGAUCACCGCCGGCUCGCUCAUGGUACUCGGAUUCAUUCCGUCAGGACUGAAUUGGCUCGUAAUCAUGAUGGCUUUAGUGGGCAAACUGGGCAUCUCGAUAGCAUACCAGGUCGUGUUCCUUUACGCCUGCGAGCUCUUCCCGACCGAGGUACGCGUGCGUGGACUCGGAACAUCGACCAUCCUGUCGAAUGUGGGCGCAGUGGUAGCUCCCUUCAUCUUGGAAAUUCUGGGCAACGUGAAGUCGUGGCUGCCGCUGGUGCUCUUCGGUAUUGCGGCGUUCCUGGCAAGCGUGGUCACAUUCUGGCUGCCCGAGUCGCUCACGGCGCCCAUGAUGGACACCGUGGCUGAGCUGGAGGCCGCGUAUGGGGCCAGGGACACCAGGGACGCCUCAGAUGAGCAUCAAAUGGAGCAGUCAAACGAAACUCCCAGAGAGCAGGCCUAAAGGUGAUGGCCAGAGUCGGGAAACAACUUUCAAUUUGUAUUUUUAAACCUGUUGUUUGGUAACAUAUGAAGAAUUUAACCAACUCCGAAUUUAUAAGACGAGUAAUUUUGGCGACAUCCUAGCUGAAAGUGCCGCGGCCGCGUGGCAUUCGAAUUUCGGGGAAAGCGCGAGAAGCCGGGAUGACUUCCUAGAAGCGCUUCUCUGAACGACACCGUCUGAAUCCCCCACCCCCUCUCAAAGCGACCCAUUUUAACGAUAUAAGAUGUAAGCAUUUUUGGUAAGCUUUCGUCUUGGCUGAAAAUAGUCUCUCUUAUGAAUGCCAAAGCCUCUCAAGCUUUUAGGAAGCCUGAUACGCCACUGAAGGAUACCUUUAAAAUGCAACCUUUUCAGAUAUCAUCACAACAUGGCUCCUGGAUCAUUCUUCCUCAAAGAUUUAAAAUGUCUUCCUUCAAGAUAGAUCUUUUCUUAGAGAAUGGGGCCUUUUUGAUAGAAUUUGAUAGAAUUUGUAGGUGUGGUGGAGUUUUUAAUUUCUAUUCCCAACAUAUAUAUAUCUUCACAAUUCAUAUGCUGUAAAUAUGCUGAAAGACAGCUGACUAUCAUAAAACGAGACUAAUGGACAAGAAACUAUGGUCUGAAAAGAAAUAUCUCCUAAAUUCUGGAUUGUGCACUUUUUUAAUGCUUAAAAUUCGCGGUCUUGGCAAAUUUUGCAAAAAAGACAUGAACCCAUUAUUUAGUUAUAACAUUGUAAGUGAUCGUACGAGGUACGGCUUCGGACAGAAACGUUUGAUAUAUCAAGAUCAUAGUGGGUUGAGGAUUUGUCUCCAGGACUGUAGCAAAUUAACAAAUGAGUAGAUUGACAGAAGUGAUCAUAAUUUUGAACUUUCCCUCUCCAUAUAUGCCUACAGACACACACGCACGCACGCACGCACGCACGGACACACACACACACACACACACACACACACACACACACACACACACACACACACACACACACACACACACACACACACACACACACACGCACACACACACACACACAACUAAUAUCAGAACAUUAACAGAAAAGCCACAGCUAAUGGUAAAGCAUGGCGUGUUCAAUGCAUGGUAUGUUUUAAAAUGUUUUAGUUAAAUAUCUAAGAAACCAAAGAUCUUUUUGUGUGUAUUCUU